UUGAAGCAUGUCAACAAAUCCAAACGUGACCUCCUGCUGAAGCUGAGCUUUCGCGUCUGCAGUAUGAUCGUGUAUGUCCGCUUUAACUCCAGUCAUCCGGUGGAGGUGGAGGUGGAAGAGGGAACAAGUGUAUCAGAGUUGAAGGAGACGGUGGGGCAGCUGCACGGUGUUCGUCCUGAUCAACUGCGGGUCAUUUUUGCUGGGAGAGAGCUGUGUAGUGAUUCCACAUUACAGGCUUAUGAUCUGCCAGAGCAGAGCACGGUACACGUGGUGAUGCCUCCAGCUGGUUCAGUGCGCCGCUCCGAGCUGGUGUUGCAGCGCAGGCUGAGCAGAGGGAUAGACAGUCUGACCCGAUUGGACCUCAGUGCCUCCCGACUGCCUGCCACCUCCACUGGCCUUGCUGUCAUCCUGGAGAAUGGUGACUCACACACACGAACAGAGCCCAAACCCCACAGCACUUUCUAUGUGUUCUGUAAGACGGUGUGCAAAUCUGUUCAGCCAGGAAAACUGCGCGUGCGUUGCCGAACCUGCAAGCAAGGAACCCUCACACUCAGUCGGGGACCCUCAUGUUGGGAUGAUGUGCUUCUCCCACACAGGAUUCAUGGUGUGUGCCAGUCAGAAGACUGCGAUGGCCGAGUGGCGGAGUUUUAUUUGAAGUGUGCUGCCCAUCCCACUUGUGAUGAUGACACAUCGGUGGCCCUGGACUUGAUCAUGUCUAACGUGCGCCAUGUCCCCUGCAUUGCCUGCACUGAUAUUGUGAGUCCUGUUUUGGUGUCUCAGUGUGCCGAGCGUCAUGUGAUCUGUCUGGAUUGUUUCCACAUGUACUGCAUGACCCGAUUGAACGAACGACAGUUCAUCCAUGACCCUGUGGUGGGCUACUCACUCCCCUGUGCUGCUGGAUGUUCUGAGUCUCUCAUUAAAGAGUUGCAUCAUUUCCGGGUCCUGGGAGAAGAACAGUAUGAACGGUACCAGCGUUAUGCAGCGGAGGAGUGUUUGCUGCAGAUGGGGGGAGUUCUUUGCCCUGCUCCAGGUUGUGGGGCAGGUCUCUUCCUCGACGAUGAACGCAGGAGGGUGCAGUGCGAACUGAAAGAUGGCCUUGGAUGCGGGUUCGUGUUCUGUCGAGACUGUAAAGAGGAGUACCACGAGGGCGAGUGUCGACAGCAGUCAACCCCUGCAACAGGGAGUCCCAUGCAGGGUUAUGUGGUGGAUGAGGAUGCUGCCCUGCGGGCCCGCUGGGAACAAGCAUCUCAGGACACUAUAAAAGAGACGACGCGGCCCUGCCCUAAAUGCGCAGUCCCUGUGGAGAAGAACGGUGGCUGCAUGCACAUGGUGUGUCCUCGUGCACAUUGCAAGUUCGAGUGGUGCUGGCUGUGCCGUGUGGAGUGGAAUAGAGAAUGUAUGGGCGACCACUGGUUCGGAUGAACCGCACAUUCCCAAAGCUUGCACGUACUCAGGGAAGUGUGCCUGUAGGGAAAUAUUUCCACAGUAAGCCACCAGCUGCAACAUUCACAGAAACUCAGAGUAGAAUCAGGAUCUGUGUGAUAUGGCAUGCAAAUGUGAAUGACAUCCAGAAACCUCAACUAGCACACACGUGUCUGAGUAGAAAUUAAAAUGCACAUUCAAGUAGAUCAGACAGAUCAUCUCCAUCAUAUUUGGUUUGAAGAUGUGAUACUGACUGUGUCUCCGAUUUUGUCAAAAGCAGUCAGCGUACUCCGAACCUGUUUUCUCAUUCUCUCUCUUCACUCCUUCACUAUCUCGAGUUCCAGUUAUUGAUGAUGGAACUAGAUGCAACCACCUAGUAAAACUGUCAGCUUGCUCCGUGUUAAGAUUUUUCUCCUUUUUUUUCAUAGUUUAGUAUUUCAGAACAACUUAAUGUGAGAGGUAAUCAUGGUCAUUUAUAUUAUUCUCUAAAUUAUAUAUUAAAAUGUUUUAUUGUUCCUGAAUAUCUAAUUUAACGUUUCUGUUAAUUAUAUUGUAUUAUUAUACAUACAGGACACUUUUUCGAUGGAAUAAAAGCAUGGGUUCUGUUCCCUUCUGGCAGGUGUCAUUCAUUUGGUUUGAUAGCAUGCAAUAUUGUUCGCAUAUCACUUAUCCUACAUGUAUUGCGUCACUCUACGCAGUGGAGAAUGAGCGUUGAAUAUGGUUUACGAUAUUUCAUGGUUGUCAAGACAACAUAACGUCACACGUCGGAGCUGAUGUGAAUAUCCAAUGAGAGUUUUCUGCUGUGGAUGUGCAGCUCUGUGAAUCAUGCAUCUAGCACAUUGACAACUCCUACUCGAACCAUGCAGUUUCAGCAAAGCCCUUUUGUUUUGAACAACUGCAAUGUAACAGUUAACUCCUACCAAAAGUAACUUUGAAGUUGAACUAUCAGCCUGGAUAUAUCUUGUAUAUAAGUUGGGUGGUUGUUCACGCUUUUUGGA